AUGUAUUCUCAAUUUUCAAAGACGCUAGUAAAGAGAUUUUACGAUGAACUUGUCAAUGCGGAUAAUUUUGAUGAUUCACUUGAAAAAUAUUUAAAGGAUUUGCUUAAAGAAGAAAUCAAAAAUACCAAAGAAAUUCUUGAAUUUAUGCAAAAUCAUGAAAAUCGUGAAAUAUGGUUUUCAAGCAUUAUUGGUUUUUUUUAUCAAUACGGAAUAGGAUGUGAAAUUGAUAAGGAUAAGUCAUUGGAAAUGUAUUUAUUAGCAAUUAAAUGUGAUGAAUUUCCAUACAUAAAUAAUAUUAUCGCAAAGUAUUUACUAUCAUUAUUUUAUUUCAAAGUAAUCGAUUUGAAUAAAAGGUUCUUAAAUGAUUGGAAUCUUACACGCAUAGCACAUUUAAUAGAUGAAUUUAUAGAUUCACAAGGACACUUUGAAAAAAAUCUCAAAGAAUUAAAAGGAAGCAUGAUUAAAAGUUUAGAAUUCAUCAAAUCAAAGGUUGAAGAUAUAGAAGAGUCUCAUGAUCAGACAUUAAAUGUUGAUGACCCAGAAGCAUUAUAUGACUUGGGGUUGAAAUAUCAGUAUGAGACAGGAGUGAACAGAGAUGAGAAGAGGGCGUUUGAAUAUUAUCUGAAGUCCGCUAAAGGAGGAAAUAUCAAAGCACAAUUUCAAUUAGGCUAUUGUUUUCAGUUCGGAGUAGGAACGGGGACGAGUAAAAACGAAAAGAAGGCAUUUGAAUGGUAUUUGAAAUCUGCUAAAUGGCAUUCUGGAUCACAGAAUUCCUUAGGAGAUUACUAUGCAAAAGGGAUAGUAACAGCUAAAGAUGAAGAGAAAGCAUUUAAAUAUUAUUUAAAAUCUGCCAAUGAUGACAAUUAUCAGGGACAAUAUAAUGUGGGAAAAUGUUAUCAAUUUGGCAUUGGAAUUAAAAUGGACCUUGAAGAAGCUAUUAAUUGGUAUAAAAAAGCUUCAGAUUAUGGUUCAAUAGAUGCCAAGAAUACUUUAAAUACUAGUCAACAAAUUUACCAAUAUGUAAUUACUAAAAUCAAAUCUAUGCGGUUUACGACAUUCUUUUGGAUAAAUCUUUGUAAAUGUUGUGCUCCAAUGUUAUUGAAAACAUUAACUAAAUUUAGUAAUAAUUUAUCACCGAUAGUAAAUUAUUUAAAUAAUACGAGAGUAAUAGGACCGAUAAUUUCAUGGUGUGUUAAAGCAACAUUCUUUCUUUGGUUUAUUGCCUUAUUGAUGGGCGAUGCGUUGGUUAGAGUCAUUUUAUCAAGAGCAACGGGAAUUCAUAAAGAGUCAGGAUUUCAUUAUAGCCCUAUUAAUGCUUCCGAUAUGAACUUUCAACCUUUAGGAUUAUUUGAGAAUAGUGAAGAAUCAGAAAAGAAUAAAAGAUUGUAUGGUGAUUUAUUUCCAAAUUAUAACAAGAAAUUGGCAUUAUCCUUGGCCAUGGCAUCUAAAUUGGCUUAUGAAGAUAUUCCUAUUAUCAAAUCUGAAUUAGAAAAUUCUGGUUAUGAUAUGAAUUCAUUUAAACCUAUAGCUUAUAAGAACGUUUGUGGAUAUAUAGCUGAGAAAGAUGAUAACAUUAUUUUAGUUUUUAGAGGUACAAAUCCAUUAAAUAUUCAAAAUUGUUUAACUGAUAUAAGGGCUCUCCUUUGUAAAAUGGAAUCAUCCACUCAAGGUUCAAUGGGUUUGGUGCAUGAAGGAUUCUAUGAAGCAUUGGGGGAGGAUUUAAAUGAAUUACCUCCUCAAUCACAAUCCAUCAUAGAAUUAUCCAACGCUUCCUUGGUUAAAACUGUGGAAACCAUAUUUGGAGCGUUGAAGACGGUGAUGUUUUUUGCACUUCAAAGUAUGAUCACUCAUAUACAUGAUCCUGUAGAUCAUAGAUAUCUUGGCGAAGAUGCAAGAUUUAUUAGCGCAUAUAGUCAAGCUACAAGGUGGAUAUCCAAGUUAUGUAAGGAAACUGAAGAAGAUAAUGAGCAGGAAAACAAUAAUGAUUCCGGAAUCGAAAGGUCAAAUGAUAUUAGACAAAGGAAAUCGAAAAAAUGUUUGUACAUCGCAGGACAUAGUUUGGGCGGUGGUUUAGCAACUGUAUUUUUGGCCAAAUUAUUACAACAUAAUAGUCCAUUACUUGAUAUUUUUUCUGGUAUAUAUACCUAUGGUCAACCAAAUAUAGGAGAUAUCGAUUUCGCGAAAAUAUUUGGUCCUGAGAUCGGAAAGAAAAUGUUUCAUCACGCUUAUAACAAUGAUGCAGUUCCUAGAGUUCCUAUGUGGGCUCCUUAUUCAAGCCCACCCGGGAAUCUAGUGUACAUGGAUGCUUCAUUUUCAAUGUACAUAUACCCUCCUGACCCUGUUACAAAUAUUCCUAUUCCUAUACGUAGAAUUUCUUUCUUACAGCUUUCUGGUCUUCUAAAUCUUAACACAAUAAGAAGAAUGAGAAAUGAAAGUUGGCUUAGAAUUUUCUUCAGAAUAAUGUAUGUUAAAAGAAAGGACACUUGGGAUUACGCUCGCGCUAUACGUGAAGGUACUUUAGAAAGCGUUAUUGUUGGUUUACCAUGUCAAAUUGAUGAAUCAAUAUAA